AUGCGCCCGUGGGACGCUGUGCCGAAGGGGCUUGCACUCGACGCUGCCCCUAUGCCAGCGCCCAGGCCGGAGACAGGGACGUUUCGGGCGGUCCCGGGUGAGUCGGACCCUGUUCCAGGCCCGCCGGUGCAGAAACGCGGCCCGGCGCAGCCCCCGCCGACGCCGGUCCGGCGAGAUCCGGUCGUCGAUCCGCGCGUGUUCCAGCGCCGCAUCAUUGACGUGUCGCAAGAGGGACAGCCAUCACUCAGCGCGUCGCUCGCGAUCCACCGUGCGGACCGCACGCGGCUCAAGUACGAUCACGAGGUCCGCGUUCAGCUCGCCGCGGCGCUGCACUUUGAUCCGGCGCGCUGGGUCAUCGCCGGCGCGCAUGUCCGCGUGGCGACCAACGGGGACCCAAGGUUUUCUGUCAACCUGGACUACGACUACCAGAUCCCGAUCGGCACGCCGCGAUACCCGCUGACCCCGCUCGCCCCGGGGCCCGUGCCGGAGCGCUGGGGCAGGCCUGCUGUGUGGAAUGCGGCCGCAGUGCCCUUCGUCUGUCGCACAUAUGGGAAUGACGGCAUCGGACAGAGCAUGGAGGCGUUCCCCGCCGACGACAUCGGCACAGAAAUCCCCCUCGACAUCACCGCGACGGUCGACGUCUACCCCCGGCUGCCUGCCCUCCCGCUGUGGGUCACCGCCCAGUGGCUGCUCCGCGAGCGCCCACGGCUCGGCGGCCCGGGCGGGAUUGGCGUGGAGAGGCUUCUCAUGAUGCGCGCCGAGGCCGACGUGUGGGGCAGCGCCCCCAAGGCUGCGGCGGGCUGGGCAGCGAGCAGCACGGUCCGCACCGCCGCGGCCUGGCCCACCGAUGUCAACGAUGUCACGGGUCCGUCGGCGCCGGCCCGCGGCCUCCGAGCCCGCCUCACGCCGAGCGUGUCCCGGUACAUCCUCGCCGUGGCCCGCGCGGUGGCAACUUGCCGGAUGUCCAACCAGCUGCUGACCGACCACAGGCGGUUCUACGAGAUGUGCGGCUGGCCCCGCGGGCGCGGCGGGCGGGCCGCUGUCCUGGUCGAGAAGGAGUGGACGAUGGUCGUCCCGCUCGUCCAGCAGCCCGGUCCGCGCGACUCGGAGUCCCACGAGUCCGAGGACAACUUGAACCCAUACCACGAGGUCGAGGGGGCAGAAAGGGGGCAGGGGCAGGGGCGCGCCUGGCUCCCGGCGAACGGAUCAUUCCUGUUUGACGCGAAGUACGCCGUGUGGCCGUUGAGGUUCCGGUGGCCCUCGGAUGGAUGGUGA